AUCUACGUCAGACAAUGCCCCUGGCAAACGCUUAGCGCACAAUUAUGAGCCUACGACUUCAGCUGAAGACUUUGAAUCCAAUCGUGUCGGAUAUGGCAACAGGAGGACUGCGUUCGAACCGAUCGAAGGACGAUCGGGUCCCGCUGCUUGGCGAUCGGCGAUAUCUCAGGCGGAGUCAUGACGAAAUUGAGACAACGCAUUCAGUGCAAGGAUCAGCAGAAACCGAAGAAUCUGGUGAUGCGGGGACCAGCCAGCGUCACGCAUCGGGGCUUCGCUACCGACGUACAAUGUCAUGGAAAGAUACGACGGACGUCGACACUGCCCCAGAAGAAAUAGGAACUACAAAGCUUCUCUCUGCCAAAUAUGAGAGUCUUGACUAUGACGAAGCUGAGAACUGGCUGUAUAUCAAGGAAGAGAGCAAACUAGGAGCAAGGAGGGUGGGUCAUGCCAGAAAAGGGCUGGCGCGCUGGGUCAUCAUGUUCCUGAUUGGUACCCUGACUGCAAUGGUAGCUGCCACCAUUGAUAUCCUGAUCAGUCUCCUGGCUGGAUGGAAGUACGGCGUUGUCUCGGCUUAUCUGGUGACCCACAUAGACGGUACAAACAUCUUGGUUCCGUUCAUCAUAUGGCUGGGCAUUGAUGUCCUAUUUGUAUCCAUUGCAGCCGUCAUGGUCGCCUAUGGAGAGCCUGUUGCAGCUGGAAGUGGCAUACCGCAGAUCAAGUGUUAUCUGAAUGGCGUCAAGGUACCGCACGUUGUCCGGAUACGAACACUAAUCUGUAAAAUGUUUGGUGUGACGUUCGCCGUAGCGGGAGGACUGUCUGUAGGAAAGGAAGGCCCAAUGAUUCAUUCUGGUUCCGUCAUAGCAGCUGGCGUAUCUCAGGGAAGGUCAACAACAUUCAAAAGGGAUUUCAAGGUAUUUAGGUACUUCCGUUCAGACCACGAGAAGCGAGAUUUUGUCUCGGGUGGUGCUGCGGCUGGUGUGGCAGCGGCCUUCGGUGCUCCGGUGGGUGGAGUCUUGUUUGCCCUGGAGGAGGGGGCUAGCUUCUGGAACCAGUCGUUGACCUGGAGGAUUUUCUUCGCCUCCAUGAUUUCAACAUUUACCCUCAAUGUUCUUCUAAGUUUCUGGCAGGGAAAGCCCUGGAAUCUCUCCAAUCCUGGCCUCAUCAAUUUUGGUCCUUUUGAGGGUUUAAUGUACUUCAGCUAUGAAAUCCCAGUGUUUCUUCUGAUGGGAGUUUUGGGCGGGUUAUUCGGUGCAAUAUUUAAUUCAAUCAACUAUAGGUUGUCAAUCUUCAGACUAAAAUAUGUUUACUCUCGGUACUCGUGUGUGAUAGAAGCCAUGAUUGUUGCCUUGGUAACGGUCACGAUAUCCUUCCUGUGUAUUUACUUGAGCGAUGACUGCCGGCCCAUCACCAGGGACAUGAAGAACUCGUUACAGAUGUUUUGCAACGAUGGCGAGUACAGUUCCUCGGCUUCCUUGUUCUUCAACACACCGGAAGAGUCGGUCAAGAGUCUGUUUCACGACAUGCAAGGUUCCUACAGCGUAACCACCCUGACUGUCUUCUGCAUUUGUUACUUCCUCCUCGCGUGUUGGACCUACGGACUGAGCGUGCCCAGCGGUCUCUUCAUUCCAUCCCUGUUGACCGGCGCAGCCUGGGGCCGGCUGAUCGGCACCGCUAUGCCCUAUAUCUUCCCUGAAGCUACAUUGUCCUCGCCAGGAAUAUACGCAUUUUUUGGGGCAGCAGCUCAACUUGGCGGCAUUGUACGCAUGACCAUCAGCCUAACAGUCAUCCUCAUGGAGGCAACCAGCAACAUCACCCUAGGCUUACCCCUCAUGCUCAUCAUGGUCCUAGCCAAGUGGGUCGGCGACAUCUUCAACCACGGCUUGUAUGACAUCCACAUUGAGCUGCAGAGCGUGCCGCUGCUGAACUGGGACCCCCCGCCAAUGAGUACAACCAUACGAGCCAUGGAGGUAAUGGCUCACCCAGUAACUACCUUCAACAUGGUGGAAAGAGUCGGUCGCAUACUUGAAGUCUUGAAAGACCCCAGAGUGAAUCACAAUGGUUUCCCUGUCGUGGACUCAUACGUUCCCAAUGGCCUGACGUUUGGCAUCUUCAGGGGAACAAUCCUUAGGUCGCAGUUAAUCGUUCUACUGAAGAAUAAGGUUUUCAGCGUCUGGCCCAACCUGUACGAUCCCCACGUCCCUGUAGGCAUUGAGGACUUCCGAGAUGAUUACCCGCGCUACCCAGACAUCAACAAGCUGGAGAUAUCGGAACUGGAGAAAGACUGCAUGAUUGACUUGAGACAGUUCAUGAAUCCGUCGCCGUACACAGUAUCCAAGGAGGCUUCCCUUCCCAGGAUUUUCCGUCUAUUUAGAGCUCUAGGUCUUCGCCAUUUAGUUGUGAUUGACGAUUCCAAUCGCGUCAUUGGAAUUGUUACCCGCAAGGACCUAGCCAGGUACAGAUUCUGCACCAAGAACGGCAAAGUGGGAAUCGAGGAGUUACAUAUAUCCUACACUUAGUAUGGUGCCGGCAUUCUAGGCCAAGACAAUCUUGGUUGCAUGCUGCAUGUGAAUCUCUAGUUUCGAGCUAUUGUCUAGAUCUUCACACCCAUUACGACUGCGUGGAAACAAUGAUAGAUGAAGCCGUAAGCGCUGGAAACCCGUUUCGGACACAGCUUUACAAACACCAAGGCAGAGCUAUCUAUGGGAUGUCAAGGGUCAAAUGAACAGCGCCCUCACCAACCAAAUGGCCGUAACUGCAAAACUGAUUUGGUUUCUAUUCCCACGCACUUCUUCCCACUAUAUUUUUAUGCGCAUA